CAUUGAUUCAGUUCCCGCUGUAUCGCGGCCUGGUUUAUGUGCACGUAGCAUCAUUGUCGUUCUGACAGCUGGCACAACGGGACAAGGUGUCACAUCGGGAAUCAUCAUAACUCUUCCUCACGUUCAGUGAUUGCUUCCAUUGGAUAAUUGAUCACUUCAUGUCCCUUGAUUUAUGCUACGAAUGCCCGACACGAUUCAGAGCGUUGACACCAAAUGAAAUCUGCGUGCCCUUUCUAUUGCUUUAUUGAAUGACAUGAAUUAAAAGUAAUUGGACUGAUGGCUUCCGUCAAUUCGGUGGAGGUGCCUGCGACCAAGGUGGUUCUGGAUGUGGUCCUACUGUUGUGUGUUGGAUUCCCUGUUCUAUUCCUGUAUCUUUGGGGCACCGCCUACCAAAGAGGUUUUUUCUGUGAUGAUGAAAGUUUACGACACCCUUAUUAUCCUUCAACGGUACCGAGUGCUUAUCUUUACAUAGUGGGCAUUGGAAUGAACUGCACGGUGAUGAUCCUAACAGAAUACUUCAACUGCCCCAAAACCAACAAGGAAGUACGAUUUCUAGGUAAAAUCAUACCAAACUGGCUGGUCAACACCUACUGCGUUCUCGGCAUCUUCGCUUUUGGCAUGGCUUGUUCUCAUCUGAUGACCGAUAUCAUGAAAUACACUGUUGGAAGGCUGAGACCGCACUUUUAUACCGUUUGCCAGCCUAGUAUUGAUUGCACGAGCGAUUUUUUGAACCACAAUCAUACGUACCACACGGUUUUCACUUGUACGAACGAGCUUUACAGACAUAACAAGCACAUUAUGAAAGAACUAAGAUUAUCCUUCCCAUCUGGGCAUUCAUCAUUUUCCAUGUUCACAAUGACAUAUUUUGCGAUUUACCUACACAAGCGAAUGACCUGGGACGGUUCCAAACUGUUGAGGCACACCCUCCAGUAUCUGGCAGUAUUGGCGGCUAUUUUCACCGGAAUGACCAGGAUAUCCGACUAUAAGCACCACUGGAGCGAUGUAUUAGCUGGACUCAGUUUAGGGUGUGCUGUAGCAGUAAUAACGGCAACUUGUUUCUCUACACUCUUCCCUAAGAGAAAUGGGAAAUCCAUGUUGGAGAACGAUUCAUCAGAACUGUCGAAUUUAAAUGGGAACAGGGCAGCAGCUGGAGUAUGAGUGGAAAAUUGGUUACUUUUCUAGAGCAAUAGUAAGAUUGCCAACUACUUUUCAUAAACGUAUUAAUGUUUACUCUUAUACUGGUACGUUCUAUUCGAAAUUCUGAAUAGUUUUACUCAAAAGUAUUAUCUCUAAACCUAUAUGAUGUUGAAACUCUUUAAAAUUUUGAUAUUCUCGAUUCUUAAUACUCCAAAAAAUUGUAGUACUUCGGAGCAGCUAUAUACAGGGUACCAAUUUCGAGCACUUGUUCGAUAAAUGG